AUGGAGGAGAGAGCUGGUCAACGAGAGCAAGACAGACCCAGCCUUCGUCUGGAAAAGCUACAGCACUGGGCCAGGCACAGGCAGAGUGGGCACCUCUUGGUGCUGGCGGUGAGCCAGCUAUGGCUGGCAGUGGCUGUGGUGCCCUUUGCUAUCUCAGUUGCCUGCCUGAACUCUGCUUGUCACGUGGCCACAGCACUGCCACUUGGGCCUGGCGUACUGGGUCUCCUCACUGGGAUUGUAACCCUUGAGCUGCGCAGAGCACCCCGUCUUUGGAAGGUGCACGCCAUGAUGCUAUUCAACACCUUCAAUCUGAUCUUGGGCUUCAUCGUGUUGGUGGUCGAAGUGGUGAAGACAGCCUUGAUGUCUGCCCCAACUGUCCCCUCCCAGCUAGCCGGCUUGCUGGUGCUGGAGCUCAGUGCUGAGGCCUUCACCCUAGGGGGAGUGCUGGUCUCAGCAUACUCUCUGUUCCUGCUGAGCCAGAGGAAGCCAGGAUGCUGCUGGAGCCAGAGUCUGCACUACCAGGAGCUGCAGGAGGGUCUCUCAGAAUUAGAGGAAGUUCCUGAUUUGGAGACUGGUCCCACGGUGGCUAGCAGAGCAAACAGAACAAAUGAGUGAGCUGGCAAGGGGAAGCAGACAGGUGUUGCUUUCCUACCCGGCGGGAGCAUUCUCCAGACCCUCCUGCACCCCAUCCCACCGAACUCAAACUAGAUGGAGUCCCCUGAGACCUACUUGAAGUCUGGUGGAGUGCCUUCAAUCUUCACUCAGACUAGGCCCCUUUCUUUUUCCUCCCCUGCUGCGGAAAGCAAUACCUAGACCGAGUUUUAAACCACCUCACCGCCCUGAAAAUCUGCCCGCCUGCAGGAUAUCCUUAAAUCAACUUUCAGCUAGACUCAUUUUCUCCCUUCUAUCCUCACCCUCCUUCCCCACUGCCUCCCCAUCCUGCUCCACAUGUGCUUCAUCUCACUAUUUCCAAGAUUUCCACCUUUCACAAUCCCAUCCACUAAAAACCCGUACAC